AUGCAUGAUUCUGCACCUCCCAAAAACCAAUAUGAAUCUUACAUGUCAACUGACGGUGUAACGUGGCAUCAACCAUCUAUUCAAAAAUUAAGUCCAUUGAUCCGUCCAUCGAUAGAUGAUGAUCUGUAUGGAUUGCUAGAGCAUCCAGGAACGUAUAAAUUAGGAAUUGGUUUUGUUCCCAAAAAUAAUGAAAUUGUGCUGUUACAAUCAUGCAUUCAACUGGUGUUUUGA